AUGGAAAGGGUGAUCCCGCAGUCUUCUGAAAUUGAUUGCCAUCCACAUCGGAUGUUUCUACUCUCACCGGAAGAAGAAGACGCCAGAAGUUGUCAGCUGUUCAUCGAGAGCCUAACGGGCGAAGCAUUGAACUGGUUUUCAAGACUUGAAGCCAACUCGCUCGAUGGAUACGAAGCGUUGACAAGUACAUUCCUUCAGCAUCACCAAUGUUUCAUGCAUGUGCCUGCGUCGAAUGUCGAAUUGUGGAGAAUGUAUCAGAAGCCUAAUGAGUCAUUACGGACUUUCAUGGAAAGGUUUAAACGUGUCAUGUCUCAACUUGCUAUAAGCGAUGAUUACGCCAUCGGUGCGUUGAAAAACGCGCUCGCCCGUGGUACCAGAUUCAAGAACGACCUAACAAUCCUGCCUGUCACAAGCUUAGGCGAAGUACUUGCACAUGCUAAUCGAUACAUCCAAGUCGAGGAGGAUAAAGAUAAAAGGAACCCAGACCAACCGAAUGUGGUGGAAAAAGUCCUAGAAAAAGUUCCGAGCUCAAAAGCUAAAGUUGUAAAUGAAUACUACGAGCCCCACCAGCAUUACAACAGAGACUACGCCAAGGGCGAGAAAGGGAGGAAGCCAACGAUGUUCACCAUCGAAGGAAAAGAGCAGCCACAGAGCAGGCGUUGGAAUAAGUACUAUCGUGAAUCCGACGGUCCUAGCUACAAGGGAAAUCGUGGAUACUGCGAAUUCCACAAAUUCGGCAGCCAUUCCACCAAAGAAUGCAAGACGGCAAAGUUGUUGCUACUCCACAAGUACAAAACAGGAUAUAUUGACGUCGAUCGGGAGCGAAAAAGGGUUAACACGCACAGGGGUAACCCGUAUUGCUUGCCAGACGAGCAGCAACAUGACAGACAGCGCAUAGAAGAAAUAGCGCAAAAUGACAAAGCUCAGGAAAUCGCGCGUUUACUUCCUUGCGAUUAA